AUGGACCACUUCAUAGAUACCCCAGACGACCCUUAUAUUACGGGCAUUACCAAGCGUUUUACUAUACCGUCUGCCUCAGGAGAGCACUCCGGAGUUGCCCUGAAGACUAGUGCUGGCUAUAUCAUCAUCUCACUUUAUCUCCUCAUGGUUGUGUACAUUUUUCGAGUCAUAUGGGACCUCGCUGUAUUGGUUAUAGUGACAUUAUGGACACCCGACAAGGAUUCACGUCGAUUCCUUCCUUUCGUAAUCAUCUGGAAUUCCGGUGGGGCAGGUCAAGCUGCACGGCUGAUGUGGGGCUACUGCAAGGCGAUUAGGACUAAGAGGAAGAAGAGCAAGAAUCAGGACCCGGAAUUCCAGGACCCUACAGCGCAACUCCAGAUACCUCUACCAUCUGAUCCAGAGGUAGUUUCAGGAGAAAAUCCAGAGUCCAGGUCGAAUGGUCCGGACCAUGUUGAAAAAAUACCGGACGGGAGCAAGGAACAGUCAUCGGAUAAAGGCCAGGCAGAAUCACCUGAGAAAAGCAGCAAGACUGGCAGUAAUAGUUUGUGGUGGCUCGCACUGUUUAUCUGCAUUUAUGGUGUUAUCUGGGUCGGACAACUCGCCGCUGGUGUUUUCAUUUCCGGGAAGAUCUGGAAAGGAUCUUAUGCACUCGCUAAUCCCGACUACAUCUUCUAUCCCGAUCUAGACUCUCUCGGUGGGGACAAUGGCACUGGCGGUCGGCUUGAAAAGGUGUUUUCUCUAAAAGCUCCUUCGGGACUCCUCGCACUCCGAUAUGGGGAUCCUCGUCUAGAAGUCGAGGAGCGAGUCAUUACAAAGGAAUUGAACCCCCCGGAGGGUCAAUCACCUAACCUUUGGGCCGGACUGAGUUACGGCUACAACAUCACUGGGAUGGACAUGGGAUUGCAAAGUGAUCCCAGGCUGACACUGGUGGUUAAUGGCUCAUGUCAUACGGAUUAUACAUGGCUAGUGAACUCUACCGGCGAGGAGGAUACCUAUAGGGCUUGGGGUGGGAAUGACACCUUCCGAAUCAAACGCAAUGGAGAUUUGGGUUUUCCGCCAAGGGUAACUUUCUUCAUCAAUGACAAUCAACUGCGUGAGCGAUCUUCCAACAUGUCUUAUGCUAUGAUUAUCAACACCGCCGGUUAUUAUAGUCGCACUCCAAGCGAAGACCCAUGGUACUCCACCGAACAGCCUCGAACUAACGGCACUCACUCAUACCAAGUCCUCUCCAAGCGCCCUGUUCUAAGCUGCUGGGAAGCGAAAAGGUGGCAUCUCAAAGGCCAAGAUGUGGAACAUACACAACUAAAGAAGUUGCCUGGCCUUAACCUCCACAAAUUCUGGGUCGAGAAAGUCUUCCCACAUGAGUUUUUGGUCCCGCGCGUGGUCAGCCUCGGCAGUGUGACGGGGCUACACACUUUUAAAUCCAGGUCCCUAAGCGCAACCUUUUAUAAUAGAGUGGAUCCUUCUUACAUUCUUGAUGCACAGUCAUACAGUGUUGUGAGUGACAUUGAGCAUUGGGUGAAGGCUAGUUGGAUAAGUGAUCGGGGUGUACUACGAGAUACCACCACAUAUCGUUCCGUAGGUGGGGUAAACAGUGCUGAGGGACCUGAUGGCUCCGUGGACCCCUCGAUAGCGGGAUUUGUGAUCGAGGGGGUGGAUGUCUACACCUUAUCC